AUGUGUCAUGUCAUUGUAACAUGUCGGUCAAUGCUAUGGACUCUCCUAAGUAUUGUCGUGGCUUUCACAGAGCUCGUUGCUUUCAUGAGUGCAGACUGGCUGAUUGGUAAAGCAAAGCCUUUGAGCUCCGAGGAUAUGGACAACAGAAUGGGGGGGUCGCAGGAGCCUUACCAUCCGACGCUGGGCAUCUACGGGCGCUGCACUAGAAUCUCCCACAUGCAGCUUUCCAGACGAGACACACUUUGUGGUCCUUAUGCAGAAAACUUCAAUGAGAUUGCCAGUGGAUUCUGGCAGGCAACCGCUAUUUUCCUAGCCUUGGGAAUCAUGAUUCUCUGCACCAUGGCAUUUGUGUCUGUCUUUACUAUGUGUGUGCAGAGUAUUAUGAAGAAAAGCAUUUUUAAUGUCUGUGGGCUGCUACAAGGGAUUGCAGGCCUCUUCCUUAUCUUAGGCUUGAUACUUUACCCUGCAGGUUGGGGAUGCCAGAAAGCAAUAAGCUAUUGUGGACCUUAUGCUUCUGCUUACAAACUAGGAGACUGCUCCUUGGGCUGGGCUUUCUACACAGCUAUUGGUGGCACUAUUCUGACGUUCAUCUGUGCAGUCUUCUCAGUGCAAGCUGAAAUAGCCACAUCCAGUGACAAAGUGCAAGAAGAAAUAGAAGAAGGAAGAAACCUUAUCUGCCUCCUUUAA